AUGCCUCACAAAGCGAAUCCCAUUGAUUUUGAGAACAGCGAAAGCAAUUUAGGCGUGGCUAAUGGAGGUUUUUUCUCAUCUAAGCUUGAAGUUGCCGAUUUCACCACACUUCAAGGAAUUGGGAAGCUUCAGGUCAACGAAGCUCGCUUGAGCGAAGAUUUGAACCAGUGCUGGGAGGUACUUGCUGAACCAAUACAAACGGUUAUGCGAAGAUACAAUGUUCCCGAGCCUUAUGAGAAGUUAAAAGAGCUGACUAGAGGGAAAGCAAUUACCAAAGAAAGCUUAAGAGACUUCAUUGAAGGCUUAAAUAUUUCCUAA